AUGAAGCAAACAUUCGCUAUAAUUGUGGCACUUGUUGCCCUAACCGGGCACGUGUGCGUUGGACUUGGGGUUGGAGUCAGUUUACCUACGGUUUCUGUCGCACCGGUUACUGUGCCGUCGGUUACUGUGGGGCCUAUCGCCGUGACUGUGGCACCUGUUACUGUUCCUCCGGUUACGGUUCCCACCAUCGCUGUUACGGUUCCAGUGACAGUUCCAUCAGUGACAAUACCUGCCGUAACGCUUCCCGUCACAAUUCCAUCGAUUGCUGUGACGGUACCAACUUUGGGAAUCACCGUUCCAACGCUGGCCGUUACAGUUCCUACAUUAGCAGUCACAGUGCCUACCCUCGCCGUGACAGUGCCUUCCGCAAUUCCUAUACUAGGAACAGUGGCUGGGUUGUUGACCACAACAACGACUGCAGCCCCAACAACAACGACUACGAAGGCGUCUGCCAGUACUGUGGUCUUCAAUAUCGGUGGCAGCAUUCUAACAGUCGCUGCUUCUGAUGUAGCCACAAUUCAGGCUAUAGUUCAAGCUCUGCAAGCCACUGCAACAACAACUACCGUUGCUGCAACAACUACGACAACGGUUAGCCCAACAACAACGACUACUGCUGCGGCCACUACAACUACUACCGCUGCUGCCACGACAACGACCGCUGCUGCAACAACAACCACUACAACAACUGCUGCCGCAGCAGCAACAACAACGACAACCACAGCAGCACCUACCACAACUGCUGCCGCUUCCAUUUCGAUAUCCAUUACGAUUAAUUACAAUGGGUCGUCCGUAAUAAUCGUAGCCAACAAUAGUUCACUGCUGACAUUGCUUACUCAGCUGUUGAAUCAACUAUCCACGACAACAAGUGUUGCAACAUCGACGACGACUACUGCUGCGUCGACUACUACAACUGGUACUACAACCGGACGUCCGGGUGGUUGCCAUAGGCAUCAUCAUAGCCACGAGCACUUCGGUUUAGGUUUUGGUGGAAGAAUCGGUAUCGGUGGACCAGGUGGUAUUCUUGGUAUAGGCGGAGGAAUUCGUAUUGGUAGACCACCGAUCGCACCGAUCGCACCGAUAGUUGCACCCGCUCCGAUAGUUCCGUUUGCUCCGGUUGGACUCGUUGCCAGACCGGUGCUGACCGCUGCCGGCCAAAUUGUAAAUGGAAUAGGAGCAGGUAUUGGCAAUAUAGUAGGAGGCGUUGCAAAUGCUGCCGCCGGUGUCUUGCGAGGUGUAGGUGCGGGACUUUCCGCAGGAGUAGGAUUGAAUGGUGGUGCUGGCAUAGGUGGAGGCAUUGCUCUGGGCAUCAGAGGCAAUGCGGCGUUGAUGGGCUGA